CAACCUUCAAACAAUAACCCACCAGCUUCAUGUUAUGACUGUGACGUCUUCUCAUAAGACCUGAUAGUUUGAAAUCAACGAGCAACGACGCUAUCAACACCAUGCCAUCAUACCCGGACAUCGACCCCUCCACCAUAACCGUCGAGUCCCUGCCGGACCUCCUGAAGAAUGACACCGCCGUGAAAGUGGCCGGCAUAGACGUCGACGGCAUCCUCCGUGGAAAACUCAUGGCCAAGUCCAAAUUCCUCUCCAUAGCCCGCGAAGGCUUCGGUUUCUGCAGCGUCAUCUUCGGCUGGGACAUGCACGACCAGACCUACUUCCGAGAACUGGCAAUCAGCAACAAGGAGAAUGGGUAUAGGGACGUGAUCGCGGUUCCGGAUUUAAGCUCCUUUAGGAGAAUACCGUGGGAGAAUAAUGUGCCGUUCUUCUUGGUUAGCUUUUACGACCCGGAUACGAAUACCAGCUUGAGCGCUUGCCCAAGGAGUUUAUUGAAGCGGACGGUGGAUAAGCUUGCCUCCCAUGGCUAUGGCGCAAUGGCAGGAGCGGAAUACGAAUUCUACCAAUUCAGAGUACCCCCGUCCUCCCACUCCGGCUCCGAACGCAACUCCUCCUCCACCGCAACCUUCCUCCGCGACCACCCCGUCUCCGCCCUUCCCCCCCUCACAGAAGGCAUGUUCGGCUACAGCCUCACGCGGCCCGUCCACAACCAAGAAUACUACUACAGCAUCUUCAGGACGUGCCGACGAUUCAACUGUGGCAUCGAAGGGUGGCACACGGAAUCCGGGCCGGGCGUCUUCGAAGCCGCCCUCGAAUUCGGCGAAAUCACCCAAAUGGCAGACAAAGCCAGCCUCUUCAAACUCGUCGUCAAGAGCCUCGGCUCCAAAUUCGGCAUCACACCGUGCUUCAUGGCGAAGCCUCGUGAGGGUUUACCGGGGAAUUCGGGCCACAUGCACGUCUCCAUCGUGGACAAGAACAGCGGUAAAAACCUCUUCUUCCGCGAGGAAAAAGAUCGGGACUGCGAAUGGCAAGAUAUCCGCUGGCUGUCGGACCUAGGCAGGCACUUCCUCGCUGGCCUGCUCGACGGUCUCCCGGACAUCAUGCCCAUCCUCGCGCCCAACGUAAACUCCUACAAGCGCCUCGUCGAGAACUUCUGGGCGCCCGUGACCGUGUCCUGGGGACUGGAACACAGGGCUGCGAGCAUACGGAUCAUCAGUCCGCCGACCAGUAGCCCCAAGGGGACGCGCUUCGAGGUGCGCGUCCCAGGCGCAGAUACGAAUCCACACUUCGUCCUCGCUGCGAUUCUCGCUCUUGGCUGGCGCGGGAUCGAGAGGAAAAUGGCCAUCAACAUCCCCCCGCUGGGUAAAGGGGAGGACGUAGGCGGAGAGACGGAUCGGGGGGUACGGUUGGCCAAGAGCCUGAAGGAGGCGACAGAUCGGUUCAUGAGGAAGGAGAGCGUGGCCAGGGAGGUGUUUGGGGAUGAGUUUGUCGAGCAUUUUGGCGGCACCAGGCAGCAUGAGAUUCGACUCUGGGAUGAGGCCGUGACGGAUUGGGAAGUGAGAAGAUAUAUCGAGACGGUGUGACGAGGGAGGUUGUAUGGCGAUAUUUUGAGCUGGUCUGGUCGGUCUUGACAUGAUUACUAUUGUGUUUUGUCCUGUGGCGAUAGCGGAGAAGACGUCAACGGCGCCAGAUACCCUCUUUGGGCCCGCUGCUCUGUUCCUUUUAUACCCCAAUUAACCCCCUG